AGCUCCCGUGCGUGCACUGUGUUGUGAAGUGAAAGAACAAUGAAGGCGGUUCUGGUGACCAUCCUCCUUUUCGGGAUCGUGAGGAGUGAGAAGCAUGAGGCAGAGCCAACAGAAGAGUCCCUGAAACGCGGGCUGAGCCACAAAUGCGGUGCGCGGGAGCCUUCGUCCUGUAUCGCUAUAGAGCUGGUCGGCUACGUCGACCGCAUGUUGCGGACGGCCUCGAUCCAGCUCAGCGAUGACGUCAUGAUUGUAGAUGAGAGCAACGGAGCAGCCGCUGAAGCGCCAGUAAAGUCCGAGACCCUGGCCCGCGCCGGUACCACCCUGGAAGACCAGGCGCAACAGCUUAUCAUGGACAAGCUGUGGAACUUCGCCACCACGAGGUCCCUCCGGUACAGGCUGCUGGAAAACGCGGACCUCGUCGUGUCCGGGGCUCAAGAGAAGGACGGCAGCUUUGGAGUCGGCGUAGCCCUGAAGUCCCCUAAGGUCUUCGAGAGCGGCCGUAGCCGUAACAAGAACAUGGGUCCGUUCCUCGCCGCGGCGGCCAUGAAGUUCGGUCUGCUCGGCGCUCUGACCUUCAAGGGCCUGACGCUGAUGGUCGGGAAGGCCCUCCUCAUCUCGAAGAUUGCGCUGCUGCUGGCUACCAUCAUUGGGCUCAAGAAACUGUUCUCUCCUCAGACGAGGAGCGUUACUUACGAGAUCUUCACCGACUCUCAUCACCACUGGAGAAGCUGGAGACGCAGUUUAGAUGGUAUAAUACAUACGUACGAGAACAGUCAUAACUUUACUAGUUCCUAAUAAAUUAUUAAUACUACUCUUUGGUUUUUAA